AUGGACGAGAUUUACGCCAGAGAGGCAAAUAAAGUAGAGUUGAGAGAGAGUCCCAAAAACGCAGAGACGCCAAUUAAAGGCGUCCGUAGGACAGACAGGAGACAAAAGUCCCCUGAAGAACAGGACUCGGUUAAAUCCACGAGGAAAUGGGACUCUGAGUGCUAUGGCUAUAAUAAGUCCGUUCCCGAAGAGGAGGUUUCGCAAAGCCCUCACGACCGACCGGACUGCUCGACGACCGACUUCGACGACCGACCGCUGCCGACCCUCGACGACCGACCGCUGCGACCCUCGACGACCGACCGCUGCCGACCUCGACGACCGACCUGCCGACCCUCGACGACGACCGCUGCCGACCCUCGACGACGACCGCUGCCGACCCUCGACGACCGACGCCUGCCGACCCUCGACCCUGCCGACCCUCGACGACCGACCGCUGCCGACCCUCUGCGACGACGACCGACCGCUGCCGAACCCUCGACGACCGACCUGCCGACCCUCGACGACGACCGCUGCCGACCUCGACGACCGACCGCUGCCGACCCUCGACGACCGACCGACCGCUUGACGACGACGCUGCUCGACGACCGACCGCUGCCGACCCUCGACGACUGCCGACCCUCGACGACCGACCGCUGCCGACCGGCUGCCGACCCUCGACGACCGACCGCUUGCCGACCCUCGACGACCGACCGCUGCCGACCCUCGACGACCGACCGCUGCCGGACCCUCGCGACCGACGCUGCCGACCCUAGACGACCCGACUGCCGACCCUCGACGACCGACCGCUGCCGACCCUCGACGACCGACCGCUACCGACCCUCGACGACCGACCGCUGCCACCCUCGACGACCGACCGCUUGCCGACCUCGACGACCGACCGCUGCCGACCCUCGACGACCGACCGCUUGCCGACCCUCGACGACCGACCGCUGCCGACCCUCGACGACCGACCGCUGCCGACCCUCGACGACGACCGUGCCGACCGGACCGCUGCGACCCCGACCGACCGACCGCUGCCGACCCUCGACGACCGACCGCUGCCGACCCUCGACCCGACGACCGCUGCCGACCUCGACGACGACCGCUGCCGACCCCUCGACCGCCGACCCGCUGACCGGACCCUCGACGACCGAUCCGCUGCCGACCCUCGACGACCCGACCGACGCCGACCUCGGACGACCGACCGCUACGACCCUCGACGACCGACCGCUGCCGACCCUCGCCGACCGACGCUGCCGACCCUCGCCGGACCGACCGCUGACCGACCCUCGCGACCGACCGCUGCCGACCCUCGACGACCGACCGCUGCCGACCCUCGCGACCGACCGCUGCGACCCUCGACGACGACCCGCUGCGACCCUCGACGACCGACGCUGCCGACCCUCGACGACCGACCGCUGCCGACCCUCGACGACCGACCGCUGCCGACCCUCGCCGACCGACCGCCCUGCCGACCUCCGACGACCGACCGCCUCCGACCCUGCCGACCGACCGCUGCCGACCCUCGACGACCGACCUACCGACCCUCGACCGACCGACCCGACCCUCGACGACCGACCGCUGCCGACGACGACCGCUGCCGACCCUCGCGACCGACCGCUGCCGACCCUCGACGACGACCGCUACCCGACCCUCGACGACCGACCGCUGCCGACCCUCGCUGACCUAACACGACCGCUCGACCGCUGA